CUGGUUCUCGGCGGGAGCGGCGGCGGCAGACGCGUGUGGCGACCGGCGCGGGAAAGUGGCUUCCUAGUUGGGGGAGCAUUAACCCCGUGGGUGCUCGUGUGCAGUAGUCCUAGUGGCUUUUCUGUUCUGUUCUGAGACCCAGCAGCUGUCACCGGUGAGCUACUUGGAAGGCCCCUUUGGCGAGCUUGUAGAGGAGCUUGAGACCUUCACAGUCCCUGCGACUCUUACCAGCGGGAAGGAAAGAUGGUUGAAGCAGAUCGCCCAGGAAAGCUCUUCAUUGGUGGGCUCAAUACAGAAACAAACGAGAAAGCCCUGGAAGCAGUAUUUGGCAAGUAUGGACGGAUAGUGGAAAUACUUUUGAUGAAAGACCGCGAGACCAACAAAUCAAGAGGAUUUGCUUUUGUUACCUUCGAAAGCCCAGCAGAUGCUAAAGAUGCAGCUAGAGAUAUGAAUGGAAAGUCUUUGGAUGGAAAAGCCAUUAAGGUAGAGCAAGCUACCAAACCAUCUUUUGAAAGUGGCAGGCGUGGACCACCUCCACCUCCAAGAAGCAGAGGCCCUCCCAGAGGUCUUCGAGGAGGAAGUGGAGGAACUAGGGGACCCCCUUCACGUGGAGGAUACAUGGAUGACGGUGGUUAUUCCAUGAACUUUAACAUGAGUUCUUCCAGGGGACCACUUCCAGUAAAAAGAGGACCACCACCACGAAGCGGGGGUCCCCCUCCUAAGAGAUCAACACCUUCAGGACCAGUUCGAAGCAGCAGUGGAAUGGGUGGAAGAACACCAGUGUCCCGUGGAAGAGAUAGCUAUGGAGGCCCACCAAGAAGGGAACCCCUGCCAUCUCGCAGAGAUGUUUAUUUGUCCCCAAGAGAUGAUGGAUAUUCUACAAAAGACAGCUAUUCAAGCAGAGAUUACCCAAGUUCUCGAGACACCAGAGAUUAUGCACCACCACCAAGAGAUUAUACUUACCGCGAUUACAGUCAUUCCAGUUCCCGAGAUGACUAUCCGUCAAGAGGCUAUGGUGAUAGAGAUGGAUAUGGUCGGGAUCGUGAGUAUUCAGAUCAUCCAAGUGGCGGUUCCUACAGAGAUUCAUACGAGAGCUAUGGAAAUUCACGCAGUGCGCCCCCUACUCGUGGGCCACCACCAUCUUAUGGAGGAAGCAGCCGCUAUGAUGAUUACAGCAGCUCACGUGAUGGAUAUGGUGGAAGUCGAGACAGUUACUCAAGCAGCAGAAGUGAUCUCUACUCAAGUGGCCGUGAUCGCGUCGGCAGACAAGAACGAGGGCUUCCCCCGUCUAUGGAAAGGGGGUACCCUCCUCCACGUGAUUCCUACAGCAGUUCAAGCCGUGGAGCACCAAGAGGAGGUGGCCGUGGAGGGAGCCGAUCUGAUAGAGGGGGAGGCAGAAGCAGAUACUAGAAACAAAUAAGACUUUGGGUCAAGGUCUCCAUGCAGAGAAACACAAGAUGGAAAGUCUCUGUCAUAACUAUCAAGGACUAAUAAGAGAAAAGUUGUGUUACCUUUUUAAAUUUUCUGUUUUAAGUUCCCCUUCAUUUUUGUGUUCUUGUGAAGAAAAAGUAAAACAUGAUUAAUUUUGAUAUUAUGAAUUGCUUUCAACAAGCAAAUGUUAAAUGUGUAAGACUUGACUUGUACUAGUGUUGUAAUUUUCCAAGUAAAAGUGUCCCUAAAGGCAA